AUGAACGAAAAUCUGGAAUUUCAUGGCCAGACAAAACACAAUCCGAUCGGCGGCGGACCAGAUUUCACUCGGCGUCACCGCCCACGACCUCCGAUGCGUCCUCCUCACGUGCCCAGAGCUACCGACCGCCCCACCGCCUCGUUCGUGGUCCCCGCGGCCACGUACCUCCUCCACGAGGCCGUCGUCUCCGCCGCCCCCGCCUCCUCACCUACAGAGUUGACCGGAGGCUCAAUGCUGGGUAUGACACAGACGGCUACGCCCGCUGCAAUCGAUGAUGUUCGGUCCUUUCAACGUGUGGCAUUUCAUUGUGGCAGUCUACUUCGCCUUGUGGUUGUGGUUGUGAGUUUUUUCCUCCAUAGAUGCGUCUUCCGUGUAAGCUCUUUCUGUGUGCCAUGGUGUGAUUCUGAAGAGGUUGUUCAUGAGCCUGCUUUCAUGAAGGUCCCCUUUGUCGCUCUCACGCUUCACUGCUUUCAUGAAGGGCAAGUUAAGUUGAAAGAAAACCAAAUUGUUGUGUUGGUUGGGACUGUGACCGAUGACAUUCGGGUUGACGAGGUCCCUGCUAUGAAGGUUACUGCCGUCAUAUUCACUAAGACAGCUAGGGAUAGAAAUGAGAAGGCCGGAGGAGAAUGUUUGCCUUUGACCUGCUUGUUCUCAGGGCUCCUUUUUGAUAGAACAUGGUGCUAUCGAGGGAUUCGCGUAAUGCCCGCGAAGCACUUUGGGCCAGCUCCUGGCAUGCCACACAACGACCCCAAGCCAUACGCGCAAACAAAGGGAAGGAAAUUUGAUCGGGCCAGAGGAAGGAGCAACAACCGUGGUAUCAAAGUCAUAGUUAUUUUUAGUUUUUACGUCAAAGUUUGA